AAUAUUAUUCGGUCUCCUGUCUUAACCAAGAACAAGAACAAGAACAAAAGAAAGAAAAAAAGGCUGUCAAAAAUCUAAAGCUACUUUCCUUGAAACAUCCACAAACCAACCAAAACCCGAUAUUUUCUCAGUUUUUUUUUUUUUAUUCUUCUUUCUUGUUGCCAGCUUCUCUUUCAAUUUCAAAGCAGUUUCCGAAAGAAAAAAAAAUGAGUCCACGACAGGACCUUCUCAAAACUACGGCGUUCUUCUUCUCUCCAGAGAAGCCACGUGACAAGUUCCUGCUUAUCACCCGAAUCGCUCUUCUCGUCUGCCUUUUCACCUCCAUAGCUCUCGUUCUUUACGGCUCCUUCUCGAACCGGCCUUACCCGUUUACCCGGUUCACUUCUUUGAACCAGAAAAUCGGCUCCGAACAACCACCCGACAAUGCCCCAACCAACAUUUCCCACCUCCUCUUUGGCAUCGGUGGCUCAGCCAAGACGUGGAAAGAACGACGCGCUGUUUGUUCGCUUUGGUGGCAUGUGGAUUCCACCCUCGGCUUUUUCUGGUUUGAUGAAAAACCCGAAGACAACGGGAUCGUUAACGGUUAUCAUACGGAAACGGCUAUUUCGUUGCCUUAUCGGAUAUCGAGUCCUGAGUGGACUCGGUUUAAGUAUUCGAGUUCGAGACAUGCGGUUCGGAUCGCCCGAAUAAUAUGGGAUAGUUUUAACUUGAAGUUGCCUAAUGUAAGGUGGUUUGUGAUGGGUGAUGAUGAUACCGUGUUUUUCACUCAUAACUUAGUUUCUGUCUUAGCGAGGUAUGAUCAUCGUGAAAUGUGGUACAUUGGUGGAAUUUCAGAGAGUGUAGAACAAAACGUAAUGCAUGCAUACGACAUGGCGUUUGGGGGUGGAGGUUUUGCAGUGAGUUAUCCACUGGCUGAGAAAUUAGUCAAAGUAUUGGACGGUUGUCUCGAAAGGUACUUUCAUUUCUACGGCUCUGAUCAAAGGAUAUGGGCUUGCAUCAGUGAGAUUGGGGUCCCACUCACUAAAGAACCUGGGUUUCAUCAGUUUGAUGUUAGAGGGGAUCCAUAUGGUCUACUAGCAGCGCACCCCAUGACGCCACUAGUCUCACUCCACCACCUAGAUGGCUUGAUGCCCAUGUUCCCCAACAAGACCCGGAUUGACUCCUUGAAGACCCUUAUCCGAGCAUACCGGGUUGAUCCGGGCCGGAUCCUCCAGCAAAGUUUCUGCUAUGACAGCAAGAGGAAAUGGUCAUUUGUCAUUUCAUGGGGCUACACCAUUCAAAUAUAUCCAUGGUUUGUGACUGCAUUUGAUCUGCAUAUGCCAUUGCAGACUUUUAAGACAUGGAAGACUUGGAGCAAUGGACCUUUCACGUUUAAUACCCGACCUAUGUCAGCUGACCGGUGUGAAUGGCCAAUUGUUUAUUUCCUGGACCAGGUUGAGGAGGUUGGCAUAAGUGGAACCAGGACCAGGUACAAGUUAGCCAAGUCGGAAGAAUUCUGUAAUAGAGCAGACUAUGCCCUGGUAAUGGCUGUCAAUAACAUCACAGUUUCUUCAAUGAAGAUGGCUCUAGAUUAUUGGAAAAAGGCGCCACAUAGACAAUGCUGCGAGAUCAUGGAAAAAGGAAGCAUAAAGAGUGGCAGUAUGCUAAUUAGAAUUAGGAAUUGCAGAAAAUUGGAAACAACUACUAUAUAGAGGUAGGCAGGGAAACUUAUGUAAAUAGGCAUUUCCUGGAGAGUACUAAUAGCGUCUAGGAUUUUUUUUAUAGCCAUUUUUAGCUAGAAGAAACCUAAACUCCUUUUCUCAUAGUUUUAACAUUAUUGAAUGACAAAUGACUUGAGAGAAUGAUAAUUUACCUAUUCCAAAAAAAUGAUAAUUAACUGUUGCGUAGAUAUGAUCGUCAACAUUCAACCAUCCAAUGCACAGCGCUAACAAAAGAGAAGUUGUUCGAUUUCCAUGCACGUCUCUAUCCUAAAAUGUAAUCAAAUAUUUAGUGGAACUAAACUUUUUCUUUUCACAAUUUUCAGUUUCCAAUUGUGGGGAAUGACAGGAAAUGAGAAACUUUAAUAUGGAUGAUUGUGGCAGUCUCCGUAACAGCUUCACCAUGGAUGAUAUUGCAAGGGUCUGGAUUUGAACCCCCAAUGAGAAUAAGUAGUCCAACUGGAGACAUUGAAAAUAUGCAGAACCGCUAAGAGAUCCAUGCUACAAGCAUGAAAUAACAAUCAUCAGAAGGAGGAAAAGGAAAGAAUUCAGAAAGUGGCAAAAAAGAUUUAAUGUUAGUUGUUUUCUAGCAAAAGAUCAAUAAAUGACAUCCACAUUUGGUUGGUGCACUUGUCACGGACCUAAG